AUGUUUUCGAAACUACCGAUUGAACUGUGGUUCAAAAUCUUUGCGGAAUGUACAGAUGAAGAAGGAUUCAAAAGAAUUUGGAAACUACGACGAGUAUCCAAAUCGAUAUCGGAAAUCAUCGACAGGUUGUAUGUUAGUAUUAUCAGACGAAACUAUGAAUGGAAUCUUUCGAUGUGGCCAAUGUCAAUACUUGUACCAAGCGGAAGGGUCAAAUUUAUUCUAAAAGGGAUGAAAACGGAAAACGAAAAUAGCAAUCUAUGGUUGAUUUUUCAUCCAAAGUUCACUGAAUCAUCAAAUCGCCGGCUUAUAGAGCCUAGACCCCUUAAUUUCAGUCUUUGGGGGAAACAUAUAUCGACAUCGGAAAAUGAGCUUCAAAUAGAACGCGUUGCUAGCGAAUUAUCGGAAUCACGAAUUCAAAUUUUGCAGAAAAGUGAUUUCCAGAUUGUAAUCGAGAAAAAAUCUUCUAGUUUAAUUAAAGUCAAAGAGAUUAGAAAAGUUGAGCACAAGCGAAAUCAACAUUUGCAGUCCACUACUACAACAGAUGAACAAUGGAGACAAACUGCUAUUCUACAAUUAAGUGACCUGUAUUUUUCUGCGAUGGCUUCAUCACAGCAUCUGACGACCUCUUGGAUUUACAUGAGCGUCAUAACUAUUCUGUUUCUAUUUUUACCGAUGAAAGUGUUCUGGCAGAAGAGGAAAAAGCAUAUCCCUUUGAUUCUUAAAUGCGUUCAAGAAGGUUAUGAAGACGAUUGGCUCAGCGUAUUGUCGUAUUGCGACAAAGCUGGUCGACCAUGUUACAUCUUUCCUAGUGUUCCUCGCGCGUUACACAAUCCAGGAGGUUUCAUUUCCUCUGUUCUCGCAAACAAUCUUAGGGGAUACCGUUCCUCCUAUGGGAAUAAUAUGGGAAAAAAACCAUUGGCCGAGGGCACGAAACAAUAUCAGCUACAGAAAUACGCGGAAUCUACGCUUAGUUCGGGUGAUCUGAAGCUGGCAGUUGUGCUGCCGGAGGGUGAAGAUAUAAAUGAAUGGCUGGCUGUUAAUACAUAUGAUUUCUUUAAUCAGAUAAAUAUGCUAUAUAGUACCAUCACAGAAUUCUGCACUCCACAACAAUGUCCUGUAAUGUCAGCUGGAUCCAGCCUGGAAUUUCUGUGGUCCGAUGACGUGCACUUUAAAAAGCCUAUAAAGUUAUCAGCACCAGAAUAUGUGGAUCAUCUGAUGACAUGGAUUCAGGAGCAAAUGGAUAACGAGAAUAUUUUUCCCAGUACAAUAGGAAUCCCAUUCCCAAAAAACUUUAGAGAAAUUGUAAAGAGAAUAUUCAAGCGUCUUUUCCGAGUCUACGCGCAUAUUUACCUCUCACACAUGUCGGUGAUCACAGCGUUAGAAGAAGGUCCACAUCUGAACACUAGCUUAAAACAUUUCAUGUAUUUCGUGCAAGAAUUCGAUUUAAUCGAACAGUCGGACUUGAAACCGCUUGCGUCUGUUAUUGAGGCUUUGAUGAAGUCACCAUCGUCAUCCACUUUGAACAUAUGA